AUGAAAGGUUGCUUAAAUUUUGGUAAAAUAUUCAAAAUCAUUGCAUAACAGCAAAAUUGAGAAAUCAGUUACUUUUUCUGAAAACGUUCUAUUAGAAAAUAAUGUGGAAAACUGCUUGAGUCUUUGGAUGGCAAUAGGAUAGAAAAGUCAGACAUCUUCUCUUAAAGUGUACUGUUACAAAAUAGCAUGAAAAAUUGCUUAAAUUUUGUGUGUUAAAUAUUUAGAUAGCAAUAGAAUACUUUCUCUUAAAAUGUCUUCUUACAAAAUGAUAUAGAAGAUUGCUUAAAUUUUGUUAAAGUAUUCAAAAUUUUUAGAUAACAAUAGAGAAAUCAGAUUUUUUUCUUAAAAUAUUCUGUUACAACUGAAGAAUGCUUAGAUAGUUCUUUGGAUGGCAAUAAUAUUAGGUGACAAUAACAUAAGAAAUCAGACAUCUUCUCUUAAACUGUUUUGUUUCAAAAUAACAUGAAAGAUUGCUUAAAUUUUGUUAAAACGAAAAAUCUCUCUUUUGUCAAAAAUCUUUGCAUAGCGCUAGAAUUAAGAAAAAAAGGAGGCAUAUGCCAGCUGUUAACUGUAUCAUGAAUAAUAUGCGAAUAGCGAACAAAACUCUACUAUCUUGGAACAUAUCAGUUGUAUUAAUUGAUAGUGCUUGAUGCUUGGAGUUGUUUAGAAAACUUAUGUUUUCAGAAACAAAUCUGAACGCGCAUACGUACAUACAUACCUACAUAUGUACGACAAUAGCAUUUACGUGAACUCAAUCUGUCAGACGUAUCUGUACGCCCACGGUAACAAAACAGUUGACCAUUAUAUUUUACUCCCACGUAAAGAUCAAAGUGACAACUGCAAACAGAAUAGUUUUGCAUCAAUAGAAUUGUUCUUCUGUCAUACAUUUCACGCCAAAUGUUUUACUCUAUUUCUCCCUCUCUUCUCGCAUACUUAAUUAAAGAUACAAUCCCAUUAACAUUAACCGGUGAAUAGGUGAGAAAAAGGGUGUACCAUGUAGCCAUUUAACCAGGCCAUUUCGUUCACGAAAGAUUCUUUUGUUUCUAUAUACAGUUGAUUUACAAAACAUUGCGAUUAACUUAAAAACAUUAUAAUUAAGCGAUGUUAUUUUAUUAUUAUUUCAGUUAGAAUACACGUAUACAUAUUUCUAUAUUUCUGCUUCAAUUCAGGCAACUUUUACCUCACUGACCUGUACGCCACGGAUGAGAUUGAAUUAUGCGAUCCAACUCCGGUUCUAAACUUGAACCGCAAAGAGGGCAAACGUCCGGCUGUCUUCUUACGGUUCAAGGAUAGCGAAAGCGGAGAAGUACGUGUCUAUCCGGGCAAACUGCAGGUGUCAGAGUCAUUCUGUAUAGUACCUGUCACAGAGGCAACAACCGUUGCGGACUUGAUCGAGCAAGCGCUUCAGAAGUUCGGUUUGCAAAAUUUCACAUCGGAAGAUUACAGAUGCAGCGAGAUUCUUCUGGACCGCGGUGGUAGUUAUCGAUUGACAAAUAAAUUGCCAAAAUUUGUAGACUCUGGUUUUGUUUUUUGUUUUUUUUUUUUUUUUUUUUUUCUAACAUUUCAAAAUUCCGUCCACUGCUCAGUCACUGAACGAGUUCUGGCUCGUGACGAGAAGCCAUGGGACAUCGUGAAGCAGCUGGGCAAAGAUUCGAUCAGGCAAAUGGAGUUGAUGCGAUUUUACCUUCAGCUGAAGCAAGACCCCCAUGGGCCCAAUUUAGCUUUGUUCGUGGGCAAUCUGCCACCAAAUCUCUCCGAAAGGAGUUACGAAAACAUGUUGACCGACUUCUUGGGCAAAGAAAAUAAAUUCUCCUCCAUUGGUCCAAUAUACUACGAAUAUGGCUCGAUGGUGAUCAUUUACGAGGACUCGAACAAGGCAGUCACGGCGUUGUAUACGUUGAGAGAAUCAAAAUACGAGGACAAACAUCUUUUAGUUAUGCUGUUACCAAGUAUCGAGCCAAGCAUGGUGCCUCCAGGUGUGCAACCUUUACUCGUCUUCGUGAACGUGAAAUCCGGCGGUUGCCAGGGACUGCAAUUGAUCUCCAGCUUCCGGAAACUUUUGAAUCCGUACCAAGUGUUCGAUCUCGACAACGGAGGUCCACUCCCUGGCCUCUACGUAUUCCGUCACAUAAAGAAUUACAAAAUCUUGGUUUGCGGCGGUGAUGGAACGAUAGGAUGGGUGUUACAAUGUUUGGACAAUGUGGGUCAGGACAGUGAGUGUUCCUCGCCUGCUUGCGCCAUCGUGCCUCUGGGAACGGGCAACGAUCUGGCGCGCGUUCUGUGCUGGGGUUCCGGCUACACCGGGGACGAGGAUCCUCUAAAUCUACUGCGAGAUGUGAUCGACGCGGAGGAAUCCUUGCUGGACAGGUGGACCGUGGUAUUUCAUACAGAGGAGAAAGAAGACAAACAGUUGGCCACCAAUUCAGGAGGAGCGGGCGCGACCAGCGAAGACAAUACGCAAAUAUUCGUGAUGAACAACUACUUUGGCAUUGGCCUCGAUGCCGAUCUCUGUUUGGAUUUUCACAACGCCAGGGAGGAAAAUCCGAACAAAUUCAAGAGCAGAUUGCGCAACAAGGGAGUGUACGUGACCAUGGGCUUGCGAAAAAUGGUGAAACGGAAGCCCUGCAAGGAUUUGCACAAAGAGAUCCGACUGGAAGUGGAUGGAAGGGUCGUUGAAUUACCUCAAGUCGAAGGGAUAAUUAUUUUAAAUAUUUUAAGUUGGGGUUCCGGGGCAAAUCCUUGGGGUCCAGACACUAAGGAAGAUCAGUUUUAUACACCAAAUCACGGAGAUGGAAUGUUGGAGGUGGUCGGAGUGACGGGUGUGAUGCAUCUCGGACAAAUUCAAUCUGGUCUUCGUACAGCGAUGAGGAUAGCGCAGUGUUCAAAUGUUCCACAGGGAGGACACAUAAAGAUCCACUUGCACUCUGACAUACCGGUACAAGUGGACGGAGAGCCGUGGGUCCAGAGUCCAGGAGAUAUUGUCGUUCUGAAAUCAGCGCUAAAGGCCACGAUGCUGAAGAAGACCAAGGGUAAAAUGAAACGGCGUAACACAGAGUCCAGCAUGCAGCUGGCACUUCAGGCCGCGCCACCGAACGAUCCGGAGCCUGAAGUCUUCUGA